UCGCCCGAUGAUUGCGACCGUGUGUACGUCGCACGCACGAGCCAUGAAUUGAGCUCGCGUUCGCUCGUGCCGCGUCGUCGUUUUACUUUUUUUUUUAAUUUAUUCCGUUGCGCGCACCCCCGUUUUUUUUAUUUUACACUUCGCACUGAAAACGCGCAGAAAACGAAUAUCGGAGCUCUUCACUCGGGGGAAAAUCUGACGGAAAGUGUGCGGAGGCCUGGAGGAUACGCGAUACUAACAUAAUAAUAUUUGCGUGCAAAGUGCGUGCCUCUGUGACUCCUCUCUCUUUCUCUCCUUCUCUCUCUCCCUCUUUGGAGGAACGCGGGUGAAAGAGAGCGAGGGAUAGAGAGAAGCAGAUAAGACAAAAAAAAGAAAAAAAACGAAAAAAGGGGAGAGAGAGAGAGAGAAAGAGAGACAACGGCGUGCGAUGGCUGUGCGGCCACGCAUCGGCCCUUCCGGUGGUGAACGCGCUUCCGGAAGUGCCGGGAACCUCACCGGGAUACCCGUCGUGCGAUGGACCGCCAGGAGUACGCUCGUCGUCGCGGCGGCGGCGUUCGCCGUCCUCCUCGGCGUCGCCGACGUCGUGGCCAUCAGAACAGGCGAUGGCUGCGGGAAUAACAUGUUCAGGUGCAACGACGGCAAAUGUAUACAGUCGAUUCUGGUGUGUGAUUAUCGUGGAGACUGCGACGACAACAGCGACGAAAUGCAAUCGUGUCCGCCGCCCGAUUGCGACAUCGGCCAGAUCACGUGUGGUCAGUACAGUUUCAACAAAACGUACUGUAUACCACCGCAUCAACGAUGUGAUAUGACCGUCGAUUGCGUCGAUGGUACUGAUGAAGACGGCUGUACAUACAGGAAGUGCCAACCAGAUGACUUCAGGUGCGUUGGAACCACACCGGAACUUUGCAUACCCAAAGAAAAGAAGUGCGACGGUUAUCUGGACUGCCGGAACGGCAGGGAUGAGGAGAGAUGCGAAAAUAAUAUGAAGCCGGCCUGCCGAUUGGAUCAAUUCAGGUGCAAUACCACGCAACGCUGCGUCGAGCAGAGUGCGAGGUGCAAUUAUUGGGACGACUGUGGUGACAACAGCGACGAGGAACACUGCAGUUUUCCACCUUGCACUAGUGAACAGUUCCGAUGCGCCAAUGCUCUCUGCGUUCCCAUAGCAUAUCAAUGCGAUGGUUAUAAAGACUGCCACGAUGGUUCCGACGAGAAGUCCUGCACAAUGACAGUCUGUCCAGGCAACAAGUUUAUGUGUCCGAAAGGUGCAUCGGAUGGAAAGCCAUUAUGCAUCAAUCGAUCUCAGCUGUGUGAUGAAAAACAGGAUUGCGAGGACGGGGCGGACGAGGAAGCCGCGUGUUCGACGAGCAUGUGCGGCUCACUUGGUUGCCAACAUAAAUGUCAAGCAUCUCCCACUGGAGGGACCUGUUAUUGCCCCGAAGGAAGAAUCCUUGCUAAUGAUUCGCGAACCUGCGUUGAUCGAGACGAGUGCUCCGAAUUCGGCUUUUGCGAACAGCUGUGUGAGAACACUGACGGCUGGUACACGUGUCACUGCGCGCCCGGCUACAUUCUUCAUGGUCACAACAAGUGUCGCGCCCAGAACAUCUCGGUCCUGGAGCUUCUACUCGCGCAGGAUCGCGCGAUAUGGCGUUUGAGCGCGACCGGCGAGGACCGGAAGAUAAUCGCGAACACCACGGGCGCGAGCGGAGUGGAUUAUCUGUAUUCGCGAAAUCUGAUCUUCUGGAGCGACAUGAAGACGCGGAAGGUUCACUCGGAAUCCCUCAACGUCGGUAGCGAUACGCCAGCCAAGGUUGACAUCAGUAUGGCGGGCUCCUGGGGACCCGUGUCGAUCGCGAUAGAUUGGAUCGGUGACAAGCUCUACGUGGCGGACUCCAUCGUGCAAAAAGUGGACGUAUUCGAACUGGAUGGACGUUAUCACGGGAUCGUGGUGGGUUCGAAUCUCACCAGCCCGACCGACAUCGCGCUGGAUCCCACGCGGGGCAUCAUGUUCAUUGCCGACAGCAAGCAGGUCCUACGCACCAACAUGGACGGCACUAACGCGUUCCCCGUCGUCUCCGAAGCAGCCUACAAGGUCUCCGGCGUGGCUGUUGACAUCAUCGUCAAGCGGAUCUACUGGUGUGACUCACUGUUGGACUACAUCGAAACGGCGGACUACAGAGGUCACAACAGGGUGAUGAUUCUCAGAGGUUCCCCUCAAGUGCCAUCCGCAAUCAGACUUACUCUUUUCGAGAACAGGAUAUUCUGGACGGACGGCACAAAACAAGCCGUCAUGAGCGUCGACAAGACUCAGGGAGAUUAUUCCAUCCAAAGUGUAUUUAAGGUACGCGACGCCAAAGCUAUAAAAGCCUUGCAUCCACUCGUGCAACCUAGCGUCUCAAAUCCUUGUGGCAAUAAUAACGGCGGCUGUCAACACAUGUGCAUCGUCACAGCUUCCAGCGAUCAAAACAAUCGAUUAGGCUAUCGCUGCGCUUGCCACAUUGGAUGGCGAUUGGCAAGCGACAUGAGGAACUGCAACUUGGUUCAAGAGUUUCUCAUGUAUUCGCAGCAGAGGUUCAUUAAAGGCCGCGUACUCAAUCCUGUAAUGGAAGGCUUUAGCGAUGCUAUCCUACCGGUAGUAUCUAGACGGGCACGAUUCGUUGGACUUGAUUACGACGCACACGACCAAUAUAUCUAUUACAGCGACGUUCUUCAGGACGUUAUAUACAGGGUACAUCAGAACGCGACCGGACGCGAAAUCGUCCUGGCUAGUCAGAAUGAAGGGGUGGAAGGGCUCGCGGUUGAUUGGGCCGCGAAGAACUUGUACUACAUCGAUUCGCGUAAAGGUACAUUAAACGUGCUCAGCACUCGGAAUGUCACAUAUCGGCGGACAUUAUUGAAGAAUCUGAAGCGUCCUCGCGCGAUCGUAAUCCAUCCGAACCAGGGUUACAUCUUUUUCUCUGAAUGGGAUCGUCCGGCCAACAUUAGCAGGGCUCACGCUGACGGUUCCAACCUGGUCGUCUUCAGAAAUCUAACUCUAGGUUGGCCAAAUGGACUGGCGAUCGAUUUUAUCGAAGAUCGAUUGUACUGGUGUGACGCUCUGUUGGAUCACGUGCAGCAUUCGAACCUGGACGGCACGGAUGUGCGAACGGUGAACUCCCGACUGAUACGACAUCCGUUUUCCAUCGCAAUCCACGAGAGCUGGAUGUAUAUCACUGAUUGGCGUCUUGACGCCAUUAUUCGGUUGCAUAAAGAGACUGGUGAGCAGGAAGCUAUUCUGGUCCGUGAACCCGCUACCAACAGACUUUACGGCGUGAAAGUCUUCAGCCGUGAUAUUCAGAAAACGACAAGCAAUCAUCCUUGUACCAUUAAUAAUGGCGACUGCGAAAAACUUUGCUUUGCUAUUCCGGAUAACUCCUCACGCUCCGACAUCAUGUUUCCGGGUAUGCAACCCACACCGAAGCUCACUCAAGUAUGUGGAUGUCCUUAUGGAGAACGUCUUCAGAGUAAUGGUAGGAGCUGCGCAGCGGAUCCUGAUGGAGAACCGCCUUUGCAAGCGUGUCCACAUACUUGGGAUUUCACUUGCGCAAAUCAGCGAUGUGUCCCGAAAUCCUGGGUAUGCGACGGUGAAAAUGAUUGUCUCGACAACAGUGACGAAAUGCAAAACUGCACAAAACCAACGUGCAGCGCAAACGAGUUCCAAUGCAAAUCAGGUCGUUGCGUACCGAUGACGUUCCAUUGCGAUUCUGAGAACGAUUGUGGCGAUUACAGUGAUGAGAUGGGUUGCCCGAACGUCACCUGCAGCGCAAAUCAGUUCGCUUGCGCCAAUAAUCGCUGCAUCCCCGCAACAUGGAAGUGCGAUUCCGAGAACGACUGCGGCGACAGUUCCGACGAGGGCGAGUUUUGCGCAGCAAAAACUUGCUCGUACUUCCAAUUUACUUGUCCGCGCUCCGGUCACUGUAUACCACAAUCCUGGGUAUGCGAUGGCGACAGCGAUUGCUUCGAUCAACAGGAUGAGAUGGAUUGCCCGCCGGUUACUUGCCUCAGCACGCAAUUCACGUGCGCGGAUCAAAAGAUGUGUGUCUUAGCAUCGUAUAAGUGCGAUGGCAUCAGUGAUUGCAAUGACGGGUCAGACGAAGUGGGCUGCCCGUCAUUGGCGCCGGAUCAGUGUAACACUGACAAACAGUUCCAAUGUGUCAGUUCCGCUAUCUGCAUACCGAGAAGCUGGUACUGCGACGGUACCGCGGAUUGUCCGGACAAGUCCGAUGAACCGGAAUCAUGCGGAAAGGUCGACUGCCAGACUGGAUUUUUCAGAUGCCGAAACGAGAGAUGCGUGUUCAAGGCAUACAUCUGUGACGGAAAAGACGAUUGCGGAGAUGGAUCCGACGAAGACACCGAACUGCACGCAUGCGGUCCUCCCGCGUUCAAGUGCGAUUCCCAACAAUGGAAGUGUCCGGGCAUAACGAAUCGUUGCGUGAAUACGACCAGCGUAUGCGACGGCAAGUCAGAUUGUCCCAAUGGAGCGGACGAGGGACCCGCUUGUGAUUCCGCCGAAUGCAGCCAUCAAGGUGGAUUAUGUACCAACGGUUGUAUCCAAACUCCGUACGGUGCGCAAUGCACCUGUCCGGCUGGCGAGGAACUCAGCAGCGACAGCUUGACAUGUCAAGACCUGAACGAAUGCGAACCGCAGGGAAGAUGCUCGCAGACAUGCGUGAACACGAAGGGCAGCUAUUAUUGUGGCUGCGUGGAUGGUUAUACGUUAGACGCGGAUAAGCAUACGUGCAAGGCAUUCAAUCACAGCGCUGCGUUUUUGAUUAUCUCUAACAGGCAUACCAUUCUAGUGGCUGAUCUUCAGGAUCAGGCGCUGGAACGAGUUCCUAUCAACGUGGAAAACGUUGUGGCAACCGCCAGUAAUAUGCACACAGGCACUAUCUUUUGGUCGGACAUGAAGCUGAAGCGAAUCUCGCGGUUAGAUCGCGGUAGUGAUCCUCAAGAUAUUAUCAGUACCGGUUUAGACCUGGUGGAAGGUCUAGCCUACGACUGGAUAGGCCAGAAUCUGUAUUGGUUAGACUCAAAGCUAAAUACAAUCGAAGUGGCUAAGGAGACUGGGGUUGGCAGAAUGAUUCUCGUCAAGGAGAAUAUUACGCAGCCACGUGGAAUGUGUUUGGAUCCCAGUCCAGGUGCGAGAUGGCUUUUCUGGACUGACUGGGGUGAAAAUCCUAGAAUCGAAAGAAUUGGAAUGGACGGCACCAAUCGAUCGACUAUCAUCAGUACAAAGAUUUAUUGGCCUAACGGUCUAGCGCUAGAUAUCGCAACUCGUAGGAUAUAUUUUGCAGAUAGCAAGCUAGACUUCAUCGAUACUUGUCUCUAUGACGGCAGCAAGAGACUUCAGGUUCUAGCCAGCUCGCACUAUCUCCUGCAUCCCCAUUCGCUUACUCUCUUCGAGGACACUAUGUAUUGGACUGAUCGGCAGCUCAAUCGCGUACUAUCCGCACACAAGUUCAAGGGUUCUAAUCAGACGGUGGUGUCGCAUCUAAUUUCGCAGCCUCUUUCCAUACACGUACAUCACGCAGUACUACAACCAAUCACUGCGAAUCCUUGCGCUAACACUUCCUGUGAACAUCUAUGUCUCCUAUCGCCCAGUAAUCCAAAAGGAUACAAUUGCAAAUGCCAGGUUGGAUUUAAAUUAUUGUCUGAUGGACGUUGCAUGGAAGAGGAAACGCCAUAUUUAAUGGUUCUUCGAGGUUCUCAAAUCGUUGAUGUUUCUUUGACGCCUAAAGAAACAAAGACUGGAUACAUCACGCCUAUCGUAGGUGUGGAAGGUGGAAGAUUUAUCGAGUAUGACAGAAGGGACCGUAUUAUUUACUGGUUGCAAGGCAAAGAUGGCGACAAUGAGAAUGGUACGAUUUAUUCUAUUCCCUAUAACGGCGGCAACCGAACGGAGUUUCCGAAUCCUGCGGGCGAUACCGGCAUCGUCGGUUCACCAUCCACUAUGGCGCUGGAUUGGCUUGGACGUAAUAUGUUUAUCGGCAACAAAUUCGCAUCCAAUAUUGAAGCUAUCAAAUUGGAUGGCAAAACGCGAUACCGCACAAUCGUUUUGUCAAACGAUGGAAAUCUCACGUCGGUAUCUAAACCGAAGGCGAUGUGCGUUGAUCCUAUUGACGGGCAAGUAUUUUGGGUGGAUGAUGGAGGUUUCGGAGUGCCUCAGAAGAUUGGACGUGUGAAUAUGGACGGUACCAAUCCGCUAGUUCUCGCAAACAAUAUAGAACGUCCCGAAGCAAUUACCAUCGAUAUACCUAGCAAGACGCUAUACGUCUCUUCUCAGAAUCCGGCUUAUGUUAAAGCCAUGUCAACGGACGGUCUGAAUGUUCGCACCAUUCUUUCUGCGGCAAACAACAUAGCAUUGCCUAAGGCAAUAGCUGUCCAUGAGUCUCGUCUGUACUACCUGGAUCCGCUUUACGACAAGAUUGAACGUGUUGAUUUGCCUAGUGGUGACAACCCAACCAAAAUCAUUGAUAACGAUUCUGAGCUUCGUACUUUAACCAUUUAUAAAAAACGUGCAACCGGAUCUCAUCCUUGUCUUAUAAACAACGGUGGUUGCGAACAGCUUUGUCUGCCUGCGUCCGGAGGCACGCGCGUUUGCGCUUGCGGAAUGGAAUAUAAAAAAGUCACGGAGACUGGAUGUGAACCGUACAAGACUUUCGCGGUGGUAACUCAGCUGGAUGUUGCCAGAGGUUACAGUCUCAAAGAUUCCAAGGAAGCCAUGGUACCCAUUACUGGAGUUGGCCAUCAUAUCCUUCAUGUCGAUGUACAUUACGCGGGUAACUGGAUAUAUUGGGUGGAAUUCAAUCGAGGCAUUUGGAAUGGCAUUUUCAGAAUACGACCCAACGGCACGGAAUUGCAACAGGUAGUUAAACAGGGAAUUGGUUCCAAUGGAAUUCGUGGCCUAGCCGUAGACUGGAUUGCAGGAAACUUAUAUUUCGCUAAUGUUUUUCCUCAUGAUAACUACGUAGAAGUCUGCUGGUUGGACGGUUCCAACCGAAAGGUGCUGGUGAAGACGACGACGGACGCUCCUCGAGAGCUGGCUGUAAAUCCUAUCAAACGAUACUUGUAUUGGAUCGAUUACGGACAAUAUCCUCGAAUAGGCAAAGCCUUCCUCGACGGUACCAAUUGGUUCCCUAUUGUGACGUCUGGUAUUAGCACACCGCGCGAUCUAACGAUCGAUCUUGCAACGCACGACGUUUAUUGGGUGGACUCAAAAUUAGACAUCAUCCAGAAAAUGUCUUUCAACGGUGGAAGUCGAGAAAUUAUACGUAGGAAUCUGCCAAAUCCAAUGGGCGUUGCUAUCUUUGGCGGAGACGUCUACUGGGUAGAUCGAAAUUUGGCCACCGUUUUUAAAGCGAGCAAAUUAAAGGGCAAUACUAGCCUUCCUAUCCCCGUUAGAACAAAUCUGCAAAAGCUCAGAGACAUUGCUAUCUUUGAUCAAAACAGUCAACCGCCGGAUGCCACAAAUCCUUGCUCUCAGGUAACAAAUGGCGGAUGCGCUCAACUGUGUUUCGCUUUCCCGAAAGACUAUAAUAGAACGUUCACUUGCGAUUGCGCAGUGGGUAAACUCGCAGCCGACAAUCGUAGCUGUGAUACCGUUAGCGAAUAUCUAGUAUUCGCCACGCGAACUGAGAUCCGCGCCAUUCAUUUAGAUCCGCACAACACUAACGUACCCUUCGCAUCCGUUGGAAACCUGACGAAUGUAGUCGGAGUGGACUUUGAUUAUCAGGACAAGAGGCUGUUGUUUACUCAAAUUCGUCCUUGGGCGAAAAUCGCGUAUAUGUCGUCGGAUCAUCCGUCCUCUUCCGAACUGCACACGCUGAUCAGUAAAGGAAUUAAUCCCGAGGGCAUUUCGUACGACUGGACUCAGAAGAAGGUAUACUGGACGGAUUCGUCGAACAACAGUAUCUACGCAAUGGACCUCGACGGAUCUAACUUGGUGAUGAUCGCACGCGUGGACCGUCCACGCGCCAUCGUCGUUGAUCCUUGCAACGGUUCACUCUACUUCACCGAUUGGGGUCGUUUUGGAACGUCCGGGAAGAUUUUCAAAGCGACCAUGGCGGGAUCGCUGAAACGUGCUAUUAUUGACAAAGAUCUUUCGCAACCGAGUGGUCUGGCGAUCGAUUACGAAGAUCGGAUGCUAUAUUGGACCGAUGCCGUGCGCGAGAAGAUCGAGCGGUCUGAUCUCGAGGGGAAGAAUAGAGAAAUUCUGGUCAGCGCCACCAUCUAUCCCUUCGCUAUCACCGUCCACAAGCAGCAUAUCUAUUGGACAGAUCUCCAGCUUCGUGGAGUUUACCGAGCGGAGAAGCACACUGGAGCCGAUAAGAUCGAGCUGGUGAAGCGAUUGGAGGACUCCCCGCGAGAUCUUCACGUUUUCUCCGGAGACAGACAGACAUGUAGUGCUGAUAACAAUGCUUGCACACACAAUAACGGCGGCUGCGAUCAAUCCUGCCAUCCGGGUGCCAACUACACCUCAGAAUGCAAGUGCAACGAUAAUAGCAGGCUGGUGAACGAAGAUAGAAUGUGCGUGUCAAAGAACGUCACUUGUGAUGGGAACAAGUUCGCUUGUAGAAACGGCAGAUGCAUCUCCCGAAUGUGGGCGUGCGAUGGCGACGAUGAUUGCGGCGACGGUUCCGACGAGGACACCGAUUACUGCUCUCACCACUCGUGCAGUCCGAACGAAUUCCGUUGCAACAACGGCCGGUGUAUCUUCAAAACAUGGAAGUGCGACCACGAAAACGACUGUCGGGAUGGCAGUGAUGAGGAGGGUUGCGUUUAUCCGCCUUGUGCAUCAGGAGAAUUUACCUGCGCCAAUCACCGCUGUAUCCCGCAAUCUCAGGUGUGCAACGGUAUUAAUGACUGUAAGGAUAACGUUACGUCUGACGAAACGCAUGAGCGUUGUCCUCGCAACACUACGUGUCCGUUGAAUCAUCUCAAGUGCGAGAAGACGAAUAUCUGCGUGGAGCCCUACUGGCUAUGCGACGGCGACAAUGAUUGCGGCGACAACAGUGACGAGAAUCCGAUUCACUGCGCACAGAGGACCUGCCCUCAGAACAGUUUCCGAUGCCCCAAUCACAGGUGCAUUCCAGCUACUUGGUACUGCGAUGGAGACGAUGACUGCCUAGACGGAAGUGACGAGCCGCCUGGUUACUGCCAAUCCGAAGGUAGAACAUGUUUCGGCGAUCUGUUUACAUGCGACAAUGGUAACUGCAUUCCUAGAAUUUACAUUUGUGACGGAGACAACGAUUGUCUGGAUAACUCUGACGAAGACGAGCGUCAUCAGUGCAAUGACAGAAAAUGCGACGAAGAAACCGAGUUUACUUGCAUCGCGAACAAAAUGUGGAAUCGCGCCCAGUGCAUCCCGAAGAAAUGGUUGUGCGACGGAGAUCCUGACUGCGUUGACGGGGCCGAUGAGAAUGUAACUUUGCAUCACUGUCCGGCGCCAACCCCUUGCGCCGAAGGUCAGUUUACGUGCAACAAUGGUCGGUGUCUGAACCGCAGCUGGCUGUGCGAUCACGAUAACGAUUGCGGCGACGGCAGCGACGAGGGCAAGUUCUGUAACAGCCAAUACAAGCAUUGCAGCACCCAAGAGUUUACAUGUCAAAAUUUCAAGUGUAUACGCAAGCAGUUCCGCUGUGACGGUCAAGACGAUUGUGGUGAUCAUUCGGACGAAGUAGGAUGUCCGUCCAGAGGAAAGAACACGACGUGCCCGAAUCCGAAGGACUUCAUGUGCGCCAACGGCAACUGCAUUGAUUCGCAGCUGGUGUGCAACAAGGAGCCGGACUGCGCCGACGAGAGCGACGAGCCGCCGCACUGCAACGUGGACGAGUGCGCCCGUGUUGAGACGAACCAGUGCGGGCACAAAUGCGUGGAUACGCCGACUAGCUUCUACUGCGAGUGCAACCACGGCUACAAGCUGCUGGCCGAUGGCAAGGCCUGCGACGACAUUGACGAGUGCAUCGAGACGCCCCAGGUAUGCAGCCAACAAUGCGAGAACACGCCUGGCGGUUAUUACUGCAAGUGCAACGAGCGCUGGUACGAGAGGGAAGCCGACGAGCAUACGUGCAAGCGACGAGACAACAUUCAGCCGUGGAUCGUGUUCACGAACAAGUAUUACGUUAGGAACAUGUCGAUUGACGCGUCCAACUACAGUCUGAUGCAUCAAGAUCUGGUCAACGUCGUUGCGCUUGAUGCGGAUUACGGUCAGCAGAUGCUAUACUUCUGCGACGUCACCGCGAAAACAAUAUACAGAGCACCAGUGAACGGCGGCGAGAGGGAACCAAUUAUCCGUCACGACAGUUUAGGACUUGAGGGUAUUGCUAUCGAUUGGGUUGGUCGGAAAUUGUAUUGGUUGGAUCGUCAUGCAAAGCAUUUGGACGUUGCCGAGCUUGAUGGCACGAACAGGAAGACUUUGCUGACCGGAAUAUCGGAUCCACGUGCGAUCGCGGUACAUCCCGGUACCGGAUACCUGUACUUUACGUCCUGGCAUCUUCAGGCGUACAUUGGUAAGAUGGGCAUGGACGGUAGCAACUUCACUCAAAUUCUGACGUGGCAGGAUGACAUCGCCUGGCCGAACGCCCUGACAAUCGAUUACUUCACCGAUCGCAUCUUCUGGGCGGACGCCCAUCUGGAUUACAUCGCCUUCGCCGAUCUCGAGGGCCACAAUCGGCGGAUCGUCCUGUCCGGCGCUACUGUGCCACAUGUCUUUGCCAUCACUGUAUUUGACGACUUUAUUUACUGGACCGAUUGGAAUCUAAAAGCGAUCAGCCGGGCGGAGAAAUUCUCCGGAGCGCGUCUACAAGUGUUACGCAACACCACUCACCGACCCUACGACAUCCAUGCCUAUCACCCUCUUCGGCAGUUACCCUACAACAAUCCCUGCGCGGAGAACAACGGCGGUUGCUCGCAUCUCUGCCUCAUUGCACCGCCUGCUAGUUCGUACUUGCUCGAAGGAUACGGCCAGCCUGGAGUCACCUCCUACAAAUGUACGUGCCCGAAUCAAUUUAUUCUGGACAAGGACAGCAAGACAUGCAUAGCGAACUGCACUGCGGGCCAGCAUCGUUGCGGACCACCCGACGAGAAGUGCAUCCCUUGGUACUGGAGAUGCGACGGAGAAAAGGAUUGCAAGGACGGUUCUGACGAGUCGUCAAGUUGCCCGAAGAGGAUCUGCCGACCAAGCCUAUUCCAGUGCGCAAACGGAAAUUGUACACCGAGCGUGACGAUUUGCGACGGAAUUGACGACUGCGGUGACAAAAGCGACGAAGCCAAGUGUGCGCUCGAAUGCGGAGAGCUCGAGUUCAAAUGCAAGUCCAACGGCCGCUGCGUACACGACUCCUGGAAAUGUGAUGGAGAUGCCGACUGUAAAGACGGCAGCGAUGAAGAUCCUUCCAUUUGUCGCAACCGUGCCUGCGAUCAGAGCACCGAGUUCAGUUGCAAGAACGGCAAGUGCAUUCCCAAGCUGUGGAUGUGCGACUCCGAUAACGAUUGCGGCGACGACAGCGACGAGCCGGCGUACAUGUGUCGGCAAAGGAACUGCACGACCGGGUGGCAGCGGUGUCCGGGACACGCAAACUACCGAUGCAUUCCGAAGUGGCUGUUUUGCGACGGCAAGGACGAUUGCCGCGACGGUUCCGACGAGCGUCCGGAGAACUGUCCGAAGUGCGAUCCCACCAUGGACUUUAGAUGUGCCAAUAACCGGUGCGUACCGAAGCAGUGGCUGUGCGAUUUCGCCGACGAUUGCGGGGACGGUAGCGACGAGAUAGAGGCGAUGUGCAAGGGCAAGUAUCGCCAGUGCUCCGAGUCCGAGUUCAAAUGCAAAAAUGGCAAGUGCAUCGCGUCCAGAUGGAGAUGCGACAGCGAGGACGAUUGCGGCGACAAUAGCGACGAGGAGCAAUGCCAUCAAUGGGUGUGCAAGAACGAGAGCUUCCAAUGCGCCAGCGGUCAUUGCAUUGCGUCAUACCUGCGUUGCGACGGAGCGCGAGACUGUCGCGACAUGAGCGAUGAACUCAACUGCCCGCCGAGAUACCCGGGAGGAAGAUACUGCCCACAAUCGCGAUUCCAAUGUAACAACAAUCUUUGCGUCUCGCUGAACGACAUCUGCGACGGCACCGACGACUGCGGUGACAAUUCUGACGAAAGUCCUACCAUGUGUGCAAACUUCCAGUGUGAUACACACAGACGGUUCCAGUGCGCCAAUCAUAAGUGUAUAGCCAGAUACCAACUGUGCGACGGGAUCGACAACUGCGGCGACGGUUCCGAUGAGAACAACAUGACGAUGUGCGUGAAGCAGACUCGUCCGUGCGACCUGACGGAAUACACCUGCGCGAACAAGAAAUGUAUCGACCAUCUGAAACUUUGCGAUCUCGCGGACGAUUGCGGGGAUCUGUCGGACGAGUUGGGAUGCCAUCACAGUCAGCACUGUUCGGACAAUAAUCGGGGCGGUUGUGCACACGACUGCCACAAUCUCGUUGACGGUGGCUACAUCUGCACUUGUUAUCCCGGUUACAUAAUCUCGCCGGAUAAUCGGAAACACUGCGUGGACGUUGAUGAGUGUCAGACCGGUAACCAUCAGUGCUCUCACAUCUGCACGAACUUAAACGGCACAUACGCUUGCUCUUGCCGGGAAGGUUUCCAAUUGUCGGACACAUACAGUGGCGUGUGCCGCGCCGAAGACAACAACAUUGUCGUGCUAUUUGCAAACGGGCCCGAACUGCGAGCCUACGACCUGCGCACCAGGGAAGAGAUGGACGUGAUAGACAAUGAAAAGAGAGUGCAGGCCAUUGAUUUUGAUCCCAGGUCAGAAUACGUAUUUUGGAUUGACUCGUACGACAACACUAUUAAACGGUCCUACAUGGUAAAUGCCAAAGAAGGAGAAGCAAAGAUUGGACACGCGCAGGACCUCAAUAUGAAGACUGACUCCAGGCCAACGAGUUUAGCGGUGGAUUGGAUUUCCGGUAAUUUGUAUUGGAGUGAAAUCGAUCAAUCGGGAACUACUCCUCGCGGUCAAAUUAUGGUGUCUAAAUCGGACGGCAGGUAUCGACGUAGCUUAAUUACAACGAAUCUCGAACAACCAACAGCAGUGGUCGUGGAUCCCGAGCGUGGGGAGGUUGUAUGGGCCGACUCGGGUAAUCAACCGAAAAUCGAGAUAGCCUGGAUGGACGGAGCUAGGCGCAAAUCACUCGUGUCGGAACGAAUCGCCAGUCCUUCGUCGCUUACCAUCGAUUAUGCUAUGGAGCACACGCUUUAUUGGUCCGACAACAAGUUGGACACCAUCGAGGCGAUCAGUUUGGCGGGUACCAACAGGAGAGUUGUUUUGAAGGGCAGACCGCUCAGGAAUCCAAUAGCACUGGACGUUUUUGAGAACAAUCUUUAUUGGACCACUAAGCAAACGGGUGAACUUGUUCGUCAGGACAAAUUCGGCCGAGGAGUUCCCCAGACUAUCGUCAGGAAUCUCCCUAGUCCUGGUGGCGUUAGAGUCUAUCAUCAGCUGAGAUACAACACCAGUCUAAGAGAUCCGUGUCAUAACGAUCAGUGCACUCAUCUGUGCGUAACAAUUCCUGGCGGCCACCGCUGUCUCUGCUCGGACAGCGUUGGUCCCUUCCAGCGUCUGAUGAGGGACGACAACGAGAGGCAUUGCGAUGCCACGAAUGAGAGGCCUCUGCCGGAGCCUAGGGUAUGUCGCUGCCAGAACGGCGGACGGUGUCAAGAGGUGGACGACAAGCUGGCGUGUAACUGUCGUGAAGACUUCCACGGCGAAUUCUGCGAAACAGCGGCGGUCGCCGCUCGGGCAGGCGGAUCAACCGCUGCUAUAGUUAUUCCCAUAGUCAUAUGCCUGUUGGUGUUGUUCUGCGCUGCUGCGAUCUUCAUGGUUCUUAAGAAGCGACCAUUUGGCAAGCCUGGUGGUCUUGGCAGUCUCACAGGUGCCCAGAGUGUUUCCUUCCGCCAAGGCAGCAAUGUAGAGUUUGGUGCAGAAGCUCACGAAAGAAUGGAACCUCUUGACGUGGAGUAUAACUUGAACGAUGUUAGUAAUAAGAACCGAGACUUUAGUAACCCAAUGUACGAUGCGGUGAACAUGGAGAGCGGUACCACGAACGGUACCGGCGCCGGCAGUAUGUACGAGAUGCCGGCGGAGAUGAAGCCCUCCAGCAUACAGCACAAAGAGCCCCCGCAACUGCAUCUGAAGAGGAGAGAACUGGACCCCACGCCCAUCGACUCGGGAAAGGAUACUCAACAACUGGUCGAGGAGGACAAGUCCGAGUGCUAGGAUUACAAUUCCCAUUUAGGAACUCCUUCGGAUCUGUUGUGCUUCGAACUUGAAAAUGCAGGGUGGAGACGUUUCCACGAGCCUGCGAAGAAAUACAUAGAGACACGAACGUAAAUUAGUUAAUCAGUUUUACGUAAACAGUGCGGAUUACACUUCGCAACUGCUCGUGUGCGUUAUUUAUUAAGCUAUUCACCGAGACGUUUCUAACAUGUGGCAAUUAAUUCGAGAUUUUGUCUUAUCCAGUGAUCCACGAAUAUAAGAGUAUCGGGAUCUCUGGAUUUCUGUGAAGAAGAGGAUAUCAGGAUUAUAAAUUGUCAUAUAGACAUAAAGGAAGAGAAGAGAGAGAGUCUUUGACGCACGGUUUUAUAAAAGUUUUGACGAAAAUUUCACAGAUUUUAAUUAGAUCUUUAGAUUCGGAAAUAGAAUAUUUUAGGACAUCGCCUUUUGACAUUUUUGAAAAAAUAAAAUAAAAAAAAAAAUAUUUUUAUGUAGCAGUCAUAAGUCAACUUCGCGUAUCCUCAAAUCUAAGAAGCUCGACGUGUUUAGGUUUUUAAUUUUCUGCAUCCUCUAGAUCUAUGAGAAUUUCUGACCACAGAUUCUCAUAAAUCUCUAGAUUCCUUCCAGCCAGGAAUUGUGAACUGGCUUUAGGAUCUUAAAAUUUCGGAAAGUAUAGAACGGCCGCGAGAUGACAACGGUCACCAGAUAAAUCGAUGGUAUCGAUUUCACGAGGAAAGGGGAAAGGGAGAGAAUAGGGCGAAAGCAAAUUGCAAUAGGCACGAUCGUGUCAUUUUUUACUAGGUGUGUGAUUUGUAAGUCUUGUAAAUAUAAUUGCUAACAAAGUAUAAUGUUCAUGUUAUCCGUGUACCAUAAAAGACGCAACACAUUCCAUUCUUUCUCAAGGUUGCUGCUUGAAGUGUAACGAUAACAGCGGGACACUUUCAAUAGCUAGGAUGUGUAUGUAUAUGUGUGUGUAUGCGUGCACGUGCGUGUAGUGCUCGAAUUGGUACACUCAGUCCGUAAAUAAUUCUUUUCACCACACACCCGCCUUAUAUUUCUGUGUUUUUCAAACAUUUAACAAUUUGCAUUGUAACGAUACGGAGAAAUUAUGUUGCAAAAGAAAACAAUUUAUUUAACUCGAGUCCAAAACAUUUUAGGAGGCUCAAAUAAAAUUUGUAAAAAUUCGAUAACUCUAACAAUUUGAGUACGUUUCGCUUGUUUUUGCUGUACAAUUUGAGCACUUAUAGCGUACGCGUGAAAUUUAUUCUCAACUGCAAUAUGACGGGAUCAAAUUUGACUUCGAUAGAGGUUUGUAAAGCUCAAAGAUAUUGACCAAUAUCUUAUUAUUAUAUUUAGUUUAAUUCAAUAUUCUUCAUUACACUUCUUCUCUUCGUGUAUUAUAAAAUAAAGCAAUGAGAGAUUUAGUAUUACCUCUAUAACAGCCAUUGAUUUUAAUGAGAAUUCAAUGGCAGAAAAUGUUCUCGGGGUUGAAGAUGAUCCUGCUAACUAAACUACAGUAGUUGAGCGUUAACGAUGCACGUACGUCCGUUUAAAAAAAAAGCUGUAUUCUUAGCGGAAGUAUUUUUGUAAGGCGUGGCGUUAUAUAGUUUUUUAUGUUGAAAAGUGGCCUUUUUCUUGUUACGAUGAGUCGAGGCGUGCAAUGCUCGAGGAGCGAGACAGAUAUGUUUCACGCAUGAGCGUUAUUAAAUGUUAUUCUUGCGAAUGUUACUACGGAGCACAAUCGAUUUUACGACAGAACGAAACGUCUCCUGCGCAGCGAAAACAUUGUGCUUUCGGAACAUUGUGCCCGGCCGACGUUAUUGUACAUUUUUCUAGAUUUUGUGAGGUACUCCUCCUGCAAAAGAUAGCUGUAUUAAAAGGAAUCGACGACAAUUCGUUCUAUGAGUUUAACUUCCCGAGCUUCGAAAUCAGAGAUUUAUUUCAAUAACAAUAGUUUUGCAUACCUUUCUAUUCUUCCUACUAUUCCUGGACAGUUAGCACUGCGUUUCUCCAACGAUUUCCUCUCUUCCGCUACUUACGUAAUAAUGGCAAACAAACGAAAUCUACAUAUUUUAAUUUGCAUUAAAAUAUGUUUAAUAUAUUUUUAAUCCCUGGUUUAAAUGAAAUAUUGAUUAAAGUUAUUGAUUUUGCUAAAAAGUCUAAAACUAAAAGGUAUUUAAGCUAGCACUAAUUAUUUUAAUUCUAAUCCUGAGGGAGAUGAUCAAUGUAAAUCGAGCGUCAGUUAAUUCCUUUUAAUGCAUAUAUUUUUUACAGGGUCAGUAAGCGUAAUUCUUCUUCCGUGCAAAUUAUGAUUAAUGUAACAUCUUUGAAUCGUUAAUAAUUCAGUAAUGCAACUUCUAGUCUUGAGAAAAUAAUAAAUUUAUUAAAUUCAAUCCUCAAGACUUUUUAGGUUUUCUUCAUUUUAUAUCGUAAUUUCAAAAUGAAGUGUCCUUUAUUCUAUGAAUAAAGUGUCUUAAAUUCUGUAAAUAAAUAAUUUAAACACAUAGAUUUUGAAGAAGAAGCGCUCUCGGCAAAAUGAUCAAUCUAGAAUACAAGAAUAUUAUUUAUAAUUUAAUUUGUGCCUUGGUAAAGAGAUUGAGAGAUCAACGUGAACACGUUGUACAUACACGUAUCGCGAAAACUAGGGGAGGAGAAUUAUCAAUGCUGACCCAUCCUCCACACAGAUUAUUAUACAUAAAAGAGUAUAUAAAUAAAUAUAAAUAUAUAUAUAUUUUUUUGUUGCAAUCGACUUUGACCUGGGCAGGGCUCCAGAGUGUCCUAAUAUUAUUACGAUAUAUCAGUAUUUUGUGUAUUUUUUUAUCAAGUUGACAAAAUAACAAUUGUUAAUAUAUUGUGCAAAAAUAUCAAACAGAUACCGUCCAAGAAUAAACUGUAAAAUUGACA